UAUAGACCAAACAAGAUGCUUCUGACACAGUCUGGGCUACUGACAGUGCUACUGACGACGCUACUGACGCAGGUGGUGCAGUGUACUAGCGUCUCCAAAAUCCCAGAACAAGAGUCUGAGGUGAUCCUGACAACAGGUGCACAGCUGAUAAUCACGUACACACCUGACAACCAACCUUACCUGGCCUGCAAGCCAAUUAACACCUCACACCAGAAUGUGAUUGAAGGUUCAGUCUUGGCCAGCGUGGACCGCCUUGAAGAGUUCGGUCUUCUGGUUCGUCUGGACUUCCAGUCUGGUCAAUUGACCAGCUGCAACUUCGUUUCUGGUGACUCUGGAACAGAGGAAGAGGAUUCCUCAUGGCUUUCUGUGCCAGCGAUGAAUGAGACCUGGGUCUCCGGAGGCUUCCAGUGCCCUGCUGGAUGGGAGAUGAUAGACUCAACAUGCUUCCUGUUGGUUAACAACUCAGGAACUUGGCUGGAAGGACGGGACUUCUGCAGUUUUCUGGGUGGGAGUCUGGCCACUAUCUCCAGUCAACUCCAGCAGAGUUGGAUCCGGUUGGCACUGACUGGAGAUACGUGGCUCGGACUGAGGAACACAGAGUUGAACCUAAACUAUACCUGGUUAGAUGGAUCACCUUAUAAGUUCACCAGCUGGGCAGAGGGGGAGCCUAGCAAUACUGGUGCUCUCUGGGUAUUUGGCGAACGAGGUGACCUUUGGGUACUGGCUGGACAGGAACACUGUGUCGCGAUGAGCCAAAGGUAUCAGUACCUCUGGAAUGAUGCCCACUGCGACCAUACCAAACAGUUCCUGUGUAGUGUUGCUGCGGUACCUACUACUACUACUACACCAACCACCACCACCACUACUACUACUACACCAACCACCACCACCACUACACCAACCACCACUACUACCACCACCACUACCACCAGGAGACCUACCUGCAGCAGUGGAUGGACUCAGUACGGCUCAUCCUGUUACUGGUUAAGCUGGAUCAGCUCCAGCUGGGUGUCAGCUAACCAACAGUGUCACAGCAAGAAUUCAAACCUAGUCUCUAUCUCCAGUUCCUCGGAACAGAGGUUCAUUAACAGACUGGUCUCUGGUAGCGUGUGGAUUGGUCUCAACGACAGAAAUCGGGAAAGUGACUAUACCUGGUCUGAUGGCACCUCCUACAGUUAUACCAACUGGAACAGUGGUCAACCCAGCAGGUACAGCGGCUUCCUGGCUUGGGGGAGUCCCGAAGACUGUGUGGAAAUGAGAGAGAAGUUCUCUUACAGGUGGAACGAUCAGUCUUGUUCCACGAAGAACCAGUUCAUCUGUGAACGUCCAGUGACUAGGUACAACACUUACUGGUAGUAAUAAUAUCUCUUUCUCUCUCUAUCUCUCUCUCUCUCUCUAUCUCUCUCUCUCUCUCAAACAUUUGUAUAGUCUUCUAUAUACUCCCAUGUACUCUAAUAUACUCCCAGGAACUAUAAUAUACUCCCAUGUACUCUAAUAUACUCCCAGGAACUAUACUAUACUCCCAUGUACUCUAAUAUACUCCCAGGAACUAUAUACUCCCAUAUACUCUAAUAUACUCCCAGGAACUAUAAUAUACUCCCAUGUACUCUAAUAUACUCCCAGGAACUAUAUACUCCCAUGUACUCUAAUAUACUCCCAGGAACUAUAAUAUACUCCCAUGUACUCUAAUAUACUCCCAGGAGCUAUAAUAUACUCCCAUGUACUCUAAUAUACUCCCAGGAACUAUAUACUCCCAUGUACUCUAAUAUACUCCCAGGAACUAUAUACUCCCAUGUACUCUAAUAUACUCCCAGGAACUAUAAUAUACUCCCAUGUACUCUAAUAUACUCCCAGGAACUAUAUACUCCCAUGUACUCUAAUAUACUCCCAGGAACUAUAAUAUACUCCCAUGUACUCUAAUAUACUCCCAGGAACUAUAAUAUACUCCCAUGUACUCUAAUAUACUCCCAGGAACUAUACUAUACUCCCAUGUACUCUAAUAUACUCCCAGGAACUAUAAUAUACUCCCAUGUACUCUAAUAUACUCCCAUGUACUCUAAUAUACUCCCAUGUACUCUAAUAUACUCCCAGGAACUACAAUAUACUCCCAUGUACUCUAAUAUACUCCCAUGUACUCUAAUAUACUCCCAUGUACUCUAAUAUACUCCCAUGUACUCUAGUUGUACCGCUGGACCACAAUAACACAGGUGAGUGUUAUCAAUACAAUGUUAAUUAUAUUAUUGACGCAGAUUUAACAUGUUAUAUCAUAGUUAAUAAAGCUAGUUCAUGUUAAUAUUCUUAUUUAACAUGUUAUAUCAUAGUUAAUAAAGCCAGUUCAUGUUAAUAUUCUUAUUUAACAUGUUAUAUCAUAGUUAGUAAAGCCAGUUCAUGUUAAUAUUCUUAUUUAACAUGUUAUAUCAUAGUUAACAAAGCCAGUUCAUGUUAAUAUUCUUAUUUAACAUGUUAUAUCAUAGUUAAUAAAGCCAGUUCAUGUUAAUAUUCUUAUUUAACAUGUUAUAUCAUAGUUAGUAAAGCCAGUUCAUGUUAAUAUUCUUAUUUAACAUGUUAUAUCAUAGUUAACAAAGCCAGUUCAUGUUAAUAUUCUUAUU